AUGACCGCCCGCGAAGAAACAGUGCUCCUUCCCAUUGAUCCCUCCAUCUCCGAUGAGAACGAUUGGUGGGAGUUCAGCUUGUCCGAGGUCAAGGUCCUGCGACCCGGGAAGCAUCUGUACGCGAACCUCCUCGAAGCCACCGAAGAUAACCCUGUGCAAGUCAUUGGCGAGCUGCAGCUCAACCAGGACCAGGAACACUUAGUCACCAACCCCGACCUUCUCUCCAAGCGACUGCUUAUCGACGAUGUCACCCACUUUGCCUACGGCCAGACGGAAGAUCGCAAUGUUGAGUUGUGGGUAGCCGGCAAGGCGGGCUGGUACAAAAUUACGCCCGCCAAGUCCUACUUGCCAACCUACACUCGAAUGGUCCAGGCCGUCGACAUGUACUACUUCCUCAUGGACAAGCACCAAUCCGGAAAGAAGCAGCUAAAUCCGACAUACAAGAAUCUGUGCCAGCAAAAGUACAUCUAUCAUACACAUGGCGACUGUGAAGACCGGGAGCAGUCGGCUGCGAAAUUUACGGAGCAUGGGCCUUUCCUACUGACUUGCAUGGUUGAGGACGAUGAGGACAUGCACUGGAAUAAAACCAAUAUUUUUAUGCAGCUUCGGCGGCAAUUCAAGGAAAAAUACCAAGAGCUCAUUUCAAGGAAAGACGGCAGUGAUCAUAUCGAUGACGAAGAUUUAAAAGAACCUCUUGUCUCAACCCCGCGUCAUGACCCAGCUGCGGUCUCAAAGUCGCAGACUGAUGCGAGCUCAAAGAAGAGGGCCAUCUGGCGAAAACGUCGACUGAACUUGGAUUUAGUUUCAGAGCGCUUGUCGGAGCGAUAUUCGUUCAACAAAGAAGAUGCGGCCAAGAUCAUUGCCGCCCGAGCUGCUGCUGUCCUCGAAAAGUUGGAGGACGACGAUAACUCCAGAUGGUCUCGCUGUGUCAUACACCGUGAACUCAGCCAUGCCGCGGCACAACAUGAAUCUCUCCCUUCUUCUCUCCUCACUCCCCUUCAACCUCUUGACGACUCCAGUGAUGAUGAACAACUUGCCCGGACGCAGAAGUCCGUUCUACGACCCAUUGCUUCAGUAUCCCGAAAACUGAUUGGCAAAAGAAACCGCAGUGGCACAAACGGCCAAAAUCCAGAGCCUGAUGGCGACGAAGCCGACAUCCAAGAUGACCCAGAUGCUAUGUCCGAUGUCGAAACACCAAGUAAGACUCGUGGACAAGGACAUGAGCUGAUCAGGACCCCGAUCCCAUCCGCGCGACCUCGAACUCGCUCCCUUUUGUCCAAGACAGAACCCGGCCCGGCCGCUUCACUGCUCAAAUCUAUGCUUCGCAAAACGCCUCGAGCAUCUCAAACAACAGCCACGAUCGAGUCUUCGACAUCAAAAGGACCCUCAGACCAAGGCCCCUCUAUUCCACCACUACCCCCAAUUGACUUGGAAGAAUCGCUCGAGUCCGAAGUCUGGAAUUGCCGCAUGGUAGGAUGUGCCAAGGAAAUUCGAAGCAAGGGCGGGGAGCGCAAGAAGGAAAUCGAAGCGCACGCAGGCGAACAUGACUGGAAUACUCAGAUGCGAGUCGAGCUCAUCGAGGCCGAGCAGCGCAUGCACUCUGUCCUUCCUGUGACCAAUCUCAUGAAGUACCUCGUUACACAACACUACCAACAAAUGCGUGCUGCAUUUCCCGAAAUUUACGCAGGGAAAGAAGCAAAUCAGGCCGAUAAUGACACGAACGGGAUCUCGACCAAGACAGAAAAUUCAUUGGAUGGGGAGCCUCUCUCAAGUCCUACCCUCCAGACAUCUGCCAUCCAUGGCGAGGCCAACGGACAUCGUUAA